CUCCCCCAAAUUAACCCCAAAAACCCUAAAAUCAGGUGUCACCGAACGACGUCGUCGUAGCAAUUGCUGCCUGUUCCUUCUCAAGAAAUAGAAGGUUGCAGGUCCUUCCUAUGCUCCUUCAGUGGCUUCGACAAUGGCGGCAUAUAUAAGCAUGGGUGAAGCUCACCGGCGGAUAACCGAAUACCUAACACGCUUCUGCGAUGCGAUCUUCUCUCAAGACGGCAAAUCACUCAGCCGCCUGCUCUCCGUCUCCUCCGACUCCCCAACCCUCCUCUCCCUCGCCGACGCCCUCAAUACUUUCCAGGAUGCUAACAGAGUUAUUCGGCAAUCUGAGAAAUUUUCUCAGUAUGGGGACAUUCUACUUCAUGUAUUUCGGGCCUUGCAGAGUUACCGGGUGAAGAAUUUGGUUGAAUCGUAUGUGGCCUUUGAAAAAGCAUCCAAUGCUAUCAUUCAGGAGUUUCGAAAUUGGGAAACGGCCUGGGCUUUGGAAGCAUUGUACGUGAUAGCAUAUGAAAUUAGGAUUCUUGCUGAGAGGGCUGAUAUAGAGUUGGCUUCAAUAGGGAAAACCCCAGAAAAACUGAAAGGUGCUGGUUCUUUCCUCAUGAAAGUGUUCGGAGUUCUCGCUGGAAAAGGACCAAAACGUGUUGGAGCUUUGUAUGUGACAUGCCAACUUUUUAAAAUAUAUUUCAAGCUGGGGACCGUCCACCUGUGUCGCAGUGUGAUAAGGAGUAUUGAAACUGCUAGGAUAUUUGACUUUGAGGAAUUUCCAGUGAGGGAUAAGGUCACUUACAUGUAUUACACUGGUCGUUUGGAGGUGUACAAUGAAAACUUUCCUGCUGCUGACCACAAAUUAUCAUACGCAUUGGCACAUUGCAGCAGAAAGAAAGAGGCAAACAUAAGGAUGAUAUUAAAAUAUCUUGUACCUGUGAAGCUUUCAAUAGGCAUCUUACCUAGGGCGUCGCUUCUUGAGAAGUUUAACUUAAAUGAGUAUAAUGAUGUCGUGCUUGCUCUUAAAAGAGGCGAUCUUCGACUCCUAAGACACGCCCUUGAAGAACACGAGGACAGGUUCUUAAGGUCAGGUGUCUACCUUGUUCUGGAGAAGUUAGAACUCCAAGUUUACCAACGACUAGUUAAGAAGAUCUAUAUUAUGCAAAAGGAGAAAGAUCCAAAUAAAGCUCACCAGAUCAAGUUAGAUGUUAUUGUUAAAGCACUGAGAUGGCUUGAAAUUGACAUGGAUGUUGAUGAGGUGGAGUGCAUAAUGGCGAUUCUGAUAUACAAGAACCUUAUGAAAGGCUACUUCGCUCACAAAAGUAAAGUGGUGGUUUUAAGCAAACAGGACCCUUUUCCCAAAUUAAAUGGCAAACCUGUCAACGCAUAGACAUUACUACACUGUGAGUAUUUCUACAGAAGCUUCUUCUUUAGUAGAUGAGAGAGCUAUGUAGACUGAGCUGAGCUGCCUUGGUUUCGUAUAUGAAUGAAUGUCGACGCUGACCAAAACCAGAGAAAAAUCAAUUUUAGCUCACUGCUUUCAGGGGAUGAAAAGUAUAACGAAUAAAUAGCCAAGGUUUUUUCUUUGGGAAGCUUCUAGUUAACUCAAAGUUGAACGCUCCGUGUAAUAUUUUCCUAUACAGGUAAAACGGUUGGUGUGUGGUGGUUGCAGGUGGCAUGUAGCCUCUGUUUUAGAGAUUUGCUUUGACUUGAUGUAUGAAUUAUAGGAUCUGCCGCUGCUUGUAUUAACGCCAUAUUCCUAAAGCCCCUCAUUCAAAUAUUAACACUAUUUAUAUAUGUGUAGUGUGUUUUCGAUAAA